CUUAUCCAAUCACGCCUGGAAUGCAGCUUGCCACUUGGGCUAUUUCUGCUGUCUGUCGCUAUCGAACUGCAGCUCGAACACUUUGACACAUGGGAUGUUUUUUUUUUUCUUUUUCCCGUCUCCCGUUCUUUCCAGAUCCCUCUCUCUCUCUGCCUGAAGCUUGUGGGUUGAACUUUUAAGCUCCCUGGCAGCGCUUCACUGGUAGCUGUGAAACGAAACGCAGCCUCUGUCUGUGAGUAAGGGAAAGAGAGAGAAAGAAAGGAAAGAGGGUGGAUGAGCAAGACAGAGAGGGAGAGCAAAAAGGGGAUCAGACACACUGAACAGUGGGUGAGACAGAUCCAGGAAGAGCUGGUCAGAGACAGAUCAAGGAGGACAGGAGAAUGUCUCACCGGCUUCGGUUAUAUUUUGGAUCUGGACGCAGUAACACUGCACCAGAAUUGGAGGAGCUGAAUGGGACCGUGGAAGACAGAGAUGAGAGAGGCUACAGUGGCGCAGGGGCCAUGAUGUUCCAUGCGCAGCCGCGAAACGGAGGACUUGCUGAAAUCCCAGAGUUGGGUUCAGUUGAUGUUUCAGAUGCCUCUCUAAAGCGAAGCUCUUCCAUGUUCAUCCCACAGCUCCAGGGUCAAACUGAACCACGGACGACCAAGAGCACCUCUGUCCAGAUAUCUCUACAACGCUCAAAUGCAACUCAAGAAGAUACAUUGCCCUUUGAUCCUCCUCCAGGGUACCCUCAGGAUCCAGCUCCAGCCUACACUGAGCCUGGUGAAAGUUGGCACUUACCUCCACCUCCAGCUUACCAUAGAGAAGAAACCACAUACUGCCAGAAUGUGGAACAAAGUCAACCAGGUACUGAGCCCAUCCAACCUAAGAGGCAAGUCUUUUGUGUCCGGCCAUGUGAUGGACAAAAUGGUUAUGCUAGUUUGGGUGUACCCAAUGGAAGUCCUCAAGGGAUUACCAUUGGAGGUUUCAGUAUUCAGAGAAGAUCCGCAGAUGGCUCAGAUGUCCAGCAGUUUAGGAUCACGCCAUACAGCGAGGAUGGACAGAAUGGCCACCGUUGGUCUGUCCAGCAAAGCUCAGACAGAGGUCCUGGCAUGCAAAGACUCGUCUUCCAGCUUCAACAGGACCAAGGACGGCACCCAAGCCCUACUUCUCAGGCUGACACGAGUGAUUUAGGCAUCACAGGUUCUAAAGGCAGCCGCUUGGUGCGGUAUCCUAGGAUCCGACUUGAGAGGAGCGCUUCACAGCCGUUGCAAUUCAGAGGAGCUCCUUCACGCCUCGGAUCCAUGCCAAACCUUCAUGCCCCGAUCUCAGAAAUGGAGACUGAAAGUGAGAUUGUUGAGAACAGAGCUCAAGGCUGCACAUUCAAAAUUAGGAAGGAACAGAACUCGCGACAGCCCAAGUUUAAGAUCUAUUUCAGCCAGGGAGGCGAGCACAGCCCCAUUCUUGCACGGGAUAUUAGCUUUGGAAAGGCGCCUACCUGCAGCAGUCCACAGGGUCACAUUGGUCUUGAUCGGUUCAAGAAUGGGCAUUUCAACCAUGGUCAGACCAGAGAUGACUUCCUCGGGCAGGUGGAUGUGCCUCUUACCCAUUUACCAACGGAGGACCCUGCAAUGGAGCGGCCGUACACGUUUAAAGACUUUCUCCUGCGUCCAAGAAGUCAUAAGUCUCGGGUGAAAGGCUACCUGAGACUGAAGAUGGCCUACCUGCCAAAGAACGGAGGGCAUGAAGAGGAAAGCAGUGAGAUGAGGGAAGAGGCUGAGGGCUGGGAAGUGACAGACUCCACUGAUCCGGGUUCACAGAGACCUCAGCAGCUCCUGCCUCCGCUGCCUCCAGGCUGGGAAGAGAAGGUGGAUAACCUGGGCCGAACCUACUACGUCAACCAUAACAACCGCACCACGCAGUGGAAGAGGCCCAGUAGUGUGGAUGUGGUUUCAGAAACGGAAAAUGAUAAUAAUUUGCGGCAGAUUAACCAGGAAGCCCACAGAGUUUUCCGCUCUCGACGGCACAUUAGCGAAGACCUGGAAAAUGAGCAGCUGGACAUCAGGGACAUAGACGACUCAUGGGAACCCAUAUCAGAGGAAGACCCAACUUUAGUGACUGACGUUCUGAACCAUUCUCUGUCCGGACCCUCCUCUCUGGCAAUGCCCCUCUCCAGCACUCCAGAAUUCUCAGAUGAGAUCAGCCUUAGACUGUCUCUCGCUCCAGACACAAACGGUGAAAUCCCAGGACCCAGCUCUGCUGUGAGUCAUCUUUCCUCUCGGCUACGCUCCUCUAGUAUGACUGAUGGAGUCAGUGAUCAAACUCAACCUCCCACUCCAACGCAGAACUCCCAGACCCGACGAACAAGAGCACAAACGGUCACAGGCGUUGAGGACACCAUGUCUCCAUCAGCCUCCUAUGCUCUGACCACACCAGGCCUUCCGCCAGGCUGGGAGGAACGCAAGGACCCAAAGGGGCGAACGUACUAUGUCAACCAUAAUAACCGUAGCACCACCUGGACUCGGCCCAUUCUUCAGCACACUGAAGAUGGAGCCAGUACCUCAGCUGCGGCAGAAGGGGGCGCUACAGCAGCCACGCCCCCCGCUUCCACCCCUUCCUCCUCCAGCGGCCAUCUAAGCGAACCACAAGUGCGCAGACCCCGUAGCCUCAGUUCCCCCACGGUCACUCUCUCUUCCCCACUAGAGGGAGCCAAUAAUGCCCCAAUACGGCGAGCCGUAAAGGACACGUUUUCCAACCCUCAGUCCCCACAGCCUUCUCCCUACAGCUCACCAAAAUCCCAGCAUAAAGCAAACCAGAGCUUCCUGCCCCCUGGAUGGGAAAUGAGAAUAGCGCCAAAUGGACGGCCGUUCUUCAUUGACCACAACAGCAGAACCACCACAUGGGAAGAUCCACGCUUAAAGUAUCCCGUUCACAUGAGGACAAAAGCAUCCCUAGACCCUGGCGACCUCGGCCCACUUCCUAAUCUUCCAGAGGAGCCUGGGUGGGAGGAACGAGUGCACGCAGAUGGAAGAACCUUUUACAUUGACCACAACACCAAAAAAACACAGUGGGAAGACCCUCGCCUCCAGAGUCCUGCCAUAACUGGACCCGCGGUGCCGUAUUCUAGAGAAUUCAAGCAGAAGUAUGACUACUUCAGAAAGAAGCUAAAGAAACCGGCAGAUAUUCCGAAUCGCUUUGAGAUGAAGCUGCACAGGAAUAACAUCUUCGAGGAGUCAUACAGACGGAUCAUGUCCUUGAAGAGACCCGACAGCCUAAAGGCCCGUCUGUGGAUUGAGUUUGAAUCGGAGAAAGGCCUGGACUAUGGGGGCGUGGCCAGAGAAUGGUUCUUCCUGCUGUCCAAGGAGAUGUUUAACCCUUAUUAUGGGCUGUUUGAGUACUCAGCCACAGAUAACUACACCCUUCAGAUCAAUCCAAACUCUGGCCUCUGUAAUGAGGAUCACCUCUCAUACUUCAAGUUCAUCGGUCGGGUGGCUGGCAUGGCUGUGUAUCACGGCAAGCUGUUGGAUGGUUUCUUUAUUCGACCGUUCUAUAAAAUGAUGCUGGGCAAACAGAUCACACUGAAUGAUAUGGAGUCAGUGGACAGUGAAUACUACAACUCUCUAAAGUGGAUUCUGGAAAACGACCCCACAGAACUGGAUUUGCGGUUCUGCAUUGAUGAGGACAACUUUGGACAGACAUAUCAGGUGGAUUUGAAGCCAAGCGGAUCAGACAUGGUUGUAACCAAUGACAACAAAAAAGAAUACAUAGACCUGGUGAUUCAGUGGCGGUUUGUGAACAGGGUGCAGAAACAGAUGAACGCCUUUUUGGAAGGAUUCACCGAGCUCAUUCCAAUCGACUUGAUAAAGAUUUUUGACGAAAAUGAACUGGAGCUGCUGAUGUGUGGUCUGGGAGAUGUGGAUGUCAAUGAUUGGAGGCAGCACACCGUUUAUAAGAAUGGCUACUGUCCUAAUCACCCUGUGAUCCAGUGGUUCUGGAAGGCUGUGUUGUUAAUGGAUGCCGAAAAGCGGAUCAGACUUUUGCAGUUUGUCACUGGAACAUCCAGAGUGCCAAUGAACGGCUUUGCUGAACUCUACGGUUCCAAUGGGCCGCAGUUGUUUACUAUCGAGCAGUGGGGGACGCCUGACAAGCUCCCUCGUGCUCACACCUGCUUUAAUCGUCUGGACCUCCCGACAUACGAGUCGUUUGAAGACCUGCGAGAGAAGCUUCUGAUGGCGGUGGAGAACGCCCAAGGCUUCGAAGGCGUUGACUAAAGAAAUCCCUUUAUAUACACACGGUCUCCUAAUGCAACCGACGAGCAAAGACAUGUACAACACGCACACAUCUAUACUCACAUAUACACACUCUCGAGUUGCCAUUGUACAGCCAGAACCCAGCGGUCGCAGGUGUGUGAUGUCAACACAGUAUAUGCAUGUAUCUGUCUAGCUGGAAUGACAUUGGCUGUGAAUGCGUUUUGAUGCCAAACAGCCCUGCAGUAUCCCACAAAUCAUGUUCUCUCCCAACACUUUUUAUUUUUAAAUCCAGCUCUGAGGCCAUGGCAACUUUUAUAUUGACAGUAAUCAAAACUUCAGUAUUUGAAGGCCUCAGUGGGUGUGGCCUCAGAGUGGGCGUGGCCUUGAUACAGCAUAAAAACACAACCAAUCCCAUUUUCACAUUAACAUAAUAUAAGUUCCGCGAAGAGGCAACAAUGAACUCUCUUAUCAGGUCUUACUAACACCAGAUUACCUUAGGAAUCACAGCCAGGAUGAAGGGCGCAUCCUCAUCCUCCCUUAUCCCGCAAAGUACGCCAAGUUUCCCCUUCCUUCGUCGAGGAUUAUUUUUUUAUCUUCUUUUGCAAUGCCAAGAAGCAACGGGAUGUUGAUAAUUGUUUUUAAUAGUUAAUUAUUAUCGCUGUUAUUAUGAUACUGUUGUCAUUCUUACUGAGUAAACAGAUAUUUGUACCAACAAUGUGGUUUACUAUUUUAAACAAUGUUAUUGAAAAUGCAUCAAUGGCCUGGCUAUAUUCAAUUCAAUAUCCAUAUCAUCAUGGGUAAAAAAAAAAAAUAAUAAAAAAAAAAAGGGAAAAAAACAAACAAACAUGAUCAACAUGAUUAUUGUAUUGCUAUGAAAACUGGCAUGAACAUGUAUCUUGUGUUUCAAUAUGAUUACGUAGUAAUUAUAAAGCUAUUCUCCUUCUUGGUUGAGAGCAAAGAUCGAAAAAGUCAUGCAUUGGACAUGUAAAUGAGUUUGUCGGAGAGGGUUUUCUUCAAUUGUAAUAAGUAUUGUUCUUAUCUUAAUUAUGAUUAUACCUGUUCAUAAUGCUGUAAAUGAGUUUUUUUGAAAGAUGCGGUUGGACUCUUUUACUGUAUGUGUUAAAUCUGUUGGAAGUAUUAAAGAGCGACACAGAGUGUAGCUAUCUUAAAAGCGCUGUGAUUCAACACUGCAAGUCUCGUAGACUUUCAGGACGUAAACUUUCUUUCUGUCUUUAUUUCUUUCUAUCUUGUUCCUUCUAACACCACUGUACCUAUAAGGGCACUUUAUUGAUCACACACUAGGGUCAUGUCACCUGUUUUUUUUGUGAACUUGAAUGUGAUUAUCUAUUAUUUUCUUUUAAAAGCACUCAGUUACUUGGUGCAAUAUCUAUUGUUUAUAAUCGGCCUGCUGCUAACAUAUCAGAUCACAGCUCCUCCCUACAGCUGAUCUGGAGUCAGACUGACUCUUCAGUGUGAAACUGGAAGAGUCGACGUCUGGAUCAGCUCUGUAGGAGCAAGCUCCACCUGGAGUAAGACUUCAGAAUUUUUCUAUUUUCUUUUCCAGUCUUUUUUUCUGUACGCCUCCCCACUCACACUUUUCGGGCCGCUGUGGCUCUGUAGGUUUGUGAUAACAUUAUGAUUAUUGUUGUUGUUAUAAAUUACCCUUCCUCUUUUAUAGGGGCAGUUCUUUUUUUUAUUGAGGAGGAACAUUUACUGUCUGGUUCCUGCUCACCAUGAGACCUUGCGAUUCGUAUAACUUCGUUCAAAAUAAACUGAUAAAUGGAAUUUAGAUGUGUUGUCGUAUUACUGUUUUAUCCAAAAAGUCUCAAAACAGACAUAUUUUAAGAUAUGUUAGUACAAGCUGCUUUCAGUUAAACCAGCUCAAACAUGCAUUUUAGUCUGGGACUAGGCUUAAGGGGGGGAGAUGCCAUAAACACUUAAAUGAUAGGAAAUAUGGCUAAAAUAAGAAUUAAUUUUUUGUGUGUGUGUCAAAUAUGUUUGGAUUCUAUGGGGCCCCUAAAGGGACAUGGUGAUGGGAAAAAAAAAAUAGAUGGGAAGAAAAAUUAUGUCAAUGGUUUUGCGUCCACGAUCAACAUGAUCAUUGUAUUACUAUGAAGUUUACGCCCUUGCGUUCCCCCGAGAAUCAUUGCUUUCCCUUCCAAAACUUUUGCAUUCCCCCGAGAAACUCUGCUUUCUGCGGAAAAACUUUUGCGUUCCCCCAAGAAACUCCUGCUUUCUGCCGAGAAAUUUUGCAUUCCCUGAGAAACUUUGGGUUCUGCCGAGAAACUUUGUGUUCCCCCGAGAAACUUUGGGUUCCCCUGAGAAACUUUGGGUUCCCCCGAGAAACUUUGCUUUCUGCCAAGAAACUUUUGCGUUCCCCCGAGAAACUUUGGGUUCUGCCGAGAAACUUUUGCGUUCCCCCGAGAAACUUUGUUUUCCGCUGAGAAACUUUUGCGUUCCCCAAGAAACUUUGCAUUCCCCCGAGAAACUUUGCUUUCUGCCGAAAAACUUUUGCGUUCCCCGAGAAACUUUGCUUUCUGCCAAGAAACUUUGCUUUCUGCCGAGAAACUUUUGCAUUCCCUCGAGAAACUCAGGUUUCUGCCGAGAAACUUUUGCGUUCCCCCGAGAAACUUUGCUUUCCGCCGAGAAACUUUUGCGUUCCCCCAAGAAACGUUACUUUCUGCAGAGAAACUUUUGCGUUCCCUGAGAAACUUUGGGUUCUGUCGAGAAACUUUUGCGUUCCCUGAGAAACUUUGUGUUCCCCCGAGAAACUUUGCUUUCUGCCAAGAAACUUUGCUUUCUGCCGAGAAACUUUUGCGUUCCCCCGAGAAACUUUGCUUUCCGCCGAGAAACUUUUGCAUUCCCCCGAGAAACGUUACUUUCUGCAGAGAAACUUUUUCGUUCCCUGAGAAACUUUGGGUUCCGUCGAGAAACUUUUGCGUUCUCCCCCGGGAAACUUUGGUUUCCGUCGAGAAACUUUGGUUUCCGUCGAGAAACGUUUGCGUUCCCCCAAGAAACUUACGUUCCCGCGCAAAACUUUUGUGUUCCCCUGAGAAACAUUGUGUUCUCUCGUAAAACAUUUGCGUUCCGUCACAAUAAGUUUUUGUUCCCUCGAGAAACAUUGCAUUUGCUUGCAGAACUUUUGCAUUCCCCUGAGAAGCUUUGCGUUCCGUGGAGAGACUUUUGCGUUCUCGUGAAAAACGUUGCGUUUGCUCUCAAAACAUUUGCAUUCCCUCGCAAAACUUUUGCAUUCCCCUGAGAAACUUUUGCAUUUCUCCGAGAAACUUUGGAUUCGCUCGCAAAACACUGGCAUUCCCUCACAAAACUUUUGCAUUCCCCCGAGAAAUUUGUGAGCAAAUGCAAAGUUUCUCGGGGAACCCAGAUGUUUUGCGAGUGAACACAAACGCAUUGAGAUCUUCGCAUCUCAUAUUUUUUCCAUCACCAUGUCCCUUUAGGGGCUCUGUAGUAUUUCUUCCUAUUGAUUUCAAGGUAAAUGUUGAAAACUUACUCAUGAUAUUUCUACUUCUGUAGCUGCAAUGUGGCUUGUAAAUUCCCUUCAUGUCUAUUCUAGAUUUCAUUUUAAGAUGAAGGUUGAGCGGUUGAGAGAAACUGAGCUUUGUCAUUUACUGGAUUGUCUGAAGUCGAAGAGAAAGCUUGAUUGUGGGUUUUUUUUUGUUUUUUUUUUUUUUUUUACAGAUAUGCAAUGUUACAUGUUCUGUUGAUUUGACCUGUUUCAAACCUGCAGGCACAGCUAACCGGGUAAAAUCUGGCAGCCAUUCAGUCUUUUUAAUCUAGUUCAAGGCUGUUUUGACUUCUCCGAUUUUCUACUUCUGUGCUUAAACAUUACAAGCUUACAUAAUUUAUGAAAUACAUACAUACUUACAUUAGUAAUUUACACACACUACUGUUCAAAAGUUUGGGGUUGGUAAGAUUUUUUGUGUCAUGUUUUCCAAGGCUGCAUUUUGUCAAAAAUUAUUAGAAUUUAAAAGAACUGUUCUUCAUAUAAAUGUUUUAAAAUUACAUUUAUUUCUGCGAUGACAAAGCUUAAUUUAGUCUUCAGUGUCACAUGAUCCUUCAGAAAUCAUUCUGAUAUACUGAUUUGGUGUUGAUUUGGAACAUUUCUUAUCAAUGUUGAUAAUUGUGCUGCUUAAUUUUUGUGGACAUUUUGACAUUCUUGGGGAGUUUUUGAUGACAAAAAAAAAAAGAAAAAGAAAUUCUUUGAAAAACAUUAUAAAUUUCUUUUUUAAUCAUAUUAAUGCAUCCUUACUGAAUAAAAGUGUUAAUUUUACUCAGUAAUUUUUUUUUUUUUUUGGACCUGACAACAUAAUUAUGAAAACUUUGAAAAUAAUUCUGUAAAAUAUUUAAUAUAAAUUUGUUAUAUUAGUAAUUGCAUAUUAUUUAACAUGUUAAUCAUGCUUAUAUUAUUCACAAUACAAAAUGAUCAUUAAGCAUUAUAUUUUUAUAUGCUGGCAUUUCAAAAACUUGCACAUUUGUUUUUCCAGACAGUUGAUUUACUUAGUGUCAACUCAUUUAUGGUCAUUUCUCCAUUAAUGUUGCUCAGCAUCACGGCUGUACACAUGGCAUGAGGCUCUAAGCGGUGAAGGAAACUCAGUUCAUUCACACAUGCAAUCAGGCAGCUAUCAGAUCCAAGGACAAGCAAAUAAAAGCGGCUUGCUGUCCUGUACACUUUAUCAAGUGCUCUCUUUCAGCAAUCACAAACAAGUCCAACUCCAAACUCACCUACACCUACCUAUUCAGAGAAUGAGCUUCAGUUAUUGAAACACUGCGGCAGGCCUGACUGCUUCACUAUGUUUGUCAACACUUCUUGGAAAUUAGGUAAGACGCUUAUGUUUUGUGGAUUUGAAUGAAAUAAAUACUGUCCUGUAGUGUCAGUAUGAUCUUUCUUUUGCACCUGCUGAAACAUUUGGGCUUUGACAAAAUCAAGAACAGGCAUAUUAUCAUAUUUUUUAAUCAGUGAUUCAAAGAGCCUAUCAAAACAUUUCAGGUUGUCUCACCACUUUAUAUCGCAUGAUUGUUCUCAUGGUUACAGAUGUCUGAAAUUUUGCCGGUGCAUUUUAUUGAGAACGCUUACUAGAAACAUGUUUUUUUUUUCAUAAUCACUUGCAGGUUUUGGGUUAGUGACCUCGUCCCCACGUCACUGCGGAUCAAUACUUCUCUAAGCUUAUCACAAAACUGUUUGACUAAACCCCCUCUAGGUACAUAUAUGGAGGUUAAAGGAGAGCAGAAUGACCAGUCAUGGCAAACUUUGUUCAGAGACUGGACUUGUUUCUCGUUUUCUUGCCGACAGCGGGACCCUGGAAGAGACUAUGUGAGGAUAUGACAGUGUGUGAAUGUAUUAUACAUAGUGACAUAGUGUUUGUGUUUUCUGAAGAGUUUCUUUUUCAGUGUUCUUACUAUUCCAACAGCAUGGAGGAACAUGUGGAUCAGCCAUCUUUACAAAACAGGGUCUGUGGUAAGUCAACUUGUCCACAGAAACUCUGAGAAUGGAUUUAUCCAAGAAAAAAAAAAAAAAAUCAUAAUUUGAGCUUAUGUAUAGUAAUAUUUAAGGCUGCAUCAUUUUUUCAGUAGGAAAUUUAUGAACAAAAUGGUUGCUUUUUACAAUUUACAGAAGAAUGUUUUGUGAAAUGCAAACUAAAGGCCCAACGAGUAUUCACACACCAGAAGUGACUAAACUUAAUGUUUUGACUAAGAUUUACAUAAAACUAAAUCUUUGUAAAAGAACGAUGGAGAUCCAGCAUAAUUAUCAAGUGUCGGUCAGUAGUUUUAAACAAAUAACAGAGUUCAAGAAGAGACAUUUCCAACCAUUUUCAAUCCACUGACCUCUUAAUGGAUUAAAACAUUUUUUUUUAAAGAAAUUAAUACUUUUGCUCAGCAAGGUGGCAUGAAACUGAUGCGACACUAAAAUAACAACCUUUACUAUCACUGAGAUACAAUUAUACUUUUAUGACUUUUUCAUUUCAAUUUUAGUUAGAAUUUUACUCAUUUUGUUGUAUUUGUUUUUAUGUUUGUUUUUUUAAUAUCUACAUAGUUUUUAUGAAUUUUUAUUUCAGUUUUAGUUAAUUUAGUACACCAAGAUAGGCUUGUCAUCUAGCAGAAAUAAAAUAUUCAGAUUAUGAUUUUUUUUUUUUAAUGUUUGAAAAUUAUAUAUUUAAAAUAUUAAAGUUGUUUUUUUUUUUCAAGUUAAAGUUUAUUUUAUUUCAAGAAAUAUUUUUUUCAUAUAUAUGGGUUUAGUUUUAAUUAGAAUAACCCCAAAAAAAUGUUAUAAGUGCUGUUCUUCCGAACUUUCUAUUCAUCAAAUAAUCCUAAAAAAAAAAAUGCAUCAGGGUUUCCACUAAAAUAUUAAGCAGCACAAUGGUUUUCAACCAGUUUUCUUGAGCAGCAAAUCAGCAUAUUAGAAUGAUUUCUGAAGGAUCAUGUGACACUGAAGACUGGAGUAAUGAUGCUGAAAAUUCAGCUUUGCUUCACAGGAAUACAUUUCAUUUUAAAUAUAUAGACAACAGUUAUUCAAAAUUUUAUUACAGUUUUAUUGUAUUUUGAUCAUGUAAAUGCAGCCUUUAUGAGCAUAAUACACUUUCAAAACAUCUUCCUGGCCUCAAGCAUUUGAACGUAAGUGUAGCCUACUUUUUGUGCUGCAAAUUAUUUACAGACUUCAUGAUGCAUUAUUGCACAUGACAUUUUAAUAUCCCAUAUUAAAAUAUGGGAAUGGCAAUGGAACCGUUAGCAGAACUUUAAAUUCUGAAGGUGUGGUUUAGAUUAGGCUACUUUUUGUUACAACAUAAAUUUUUUAAGAAAAUUCACAAAAAAAAAAUGAGGAAUCUAGGGCACAAACGAUAGCUUAAAAGAGACCAUCUGCACUGUUCCCAUCACCGUCCGCUCCACUGACCGACAUGUAAACAGAAGACGAUAAUCGAUAACAUUUGCACAUGAUCAGACUGUGAACCGGCAGCUGACUGAAAGAGAAGAGGGAAAAGGGGCUGACCUACCCUGGCCUUGUUCAUUUAAGUGCAAGUAACUGUUCAGAGGUUUUUUGAGGGUUCAGAUGAGAUUACAACUCUCUGAAACUAGAAACGUAAGAAGACGAACUCAAUAUUAUGAGCGUUUACAAAAAAAAUACUGCAUCAGCGGUCUUUUUUUUUUUUUUUUUUUUAACCAUAGUAUAUAGUGUUUACCUGUCACAGGUAACAAAACAACUUCUGGAAUUCGCAAACACAAGGCUAUAAACCUACGAUGUUCAUAAUAAAUGUUUUAAGACUAAACUAGUGAUUGAAUCACCAUUCAUUUUCUCUCCCGUUUGUUGUCCUCCUGAGCUGUGGAGUGUGACAAUGGUGUUUGUAUCCUGUGUUGUCAAACGCCAUUAUCACACUAAAUAGCCACGGUGAGACCUCACGACCUCCUCAGCCAAUCAGCAAGCAGAGAAACAGAUGAUGUCACAGGCUGUGGGAUUCUAUUGUGGGAAUAUGAAACACCUUUGUGUCGUUAAAUGAAUACGUAUGAGUUUGGGUAAGGUUGAUAAAUUGGCAUCUGCCGAAAAUAGAUGUAAUAGAUCAUGUCUGCCAUAUGUUCCUACUGACCCAGUUGCUGUUAUUAGAUAUGUUAAUAAGUUCAGUAUGCAUGUCAUGUGACGCUUCCUUCGUAUUGUAUUUGGUAUUAGCGUGGUAUCUUCAUGACAAUAAAAUCUACAAAGAUUUGAAGUGUU